CCAAUUUCAGAAUGGAUACGCAAAUACAACCAUUGCAGGAAUAUUUGACAAACAUUGUAGUGCCUGAUAAAAGGCCCAACAUUGACAUAAAUCCGGAACACAUUACUAUGCUGCAUGGCACCAAAAGUAAAAAACAGUUAAGUCGAAAGAAGAAGGCAUCGAAAUCAACUACCCUCACUAGGCGUGAAUAUGCCCAGUUAGGUCUGCACACAUUACCCACCCGACAAAUGAAAUACUCCGACGCUUUGCCAUUGCAUCGACUGUGGAAGGGUUAUAUGAAGGAACACUUGGGUCUCAACGAAGGUGACCAGGUGCCAGAGGUUUAUCAACCCGGCUAUGAUGCCUUUAGUAAACUUCUAGUUAAGACUGAUUUGCAUGGAUCCAAAAUGGCCGUUAUUAAAUCGAAAUGUUCAACACUUGUGGGAAUAUCCGGUAUCGUUGUAAUGGAUACAAAAAAUGUUCUCAAAAUCCUCGGGAAGGAUGAUCGUUUGAGAACGGUGCCAAAAAGUGAAUGUGUUUUCAGUAUGAAAUUUGGUAACAUGGAUUUUAUAAUAUAUGGCAAGCAUCUGUGUAUACGACCAGCCGAACGAUCUGUGAAAAAAAUAAAAAAUUACAUUGAACCAUUUGAUUGCUAAACAGUAAU